GUGGAUAUACAGUAUUGUGACUUGAGUAAUUUUCAGUUACUGGAUCAAGUUAUCUCUGAAACUCUUCGCUUCUGGCCAUUCUCUUUAAUAGGUGUAAAUCGCAUAUGUGCAGAAGAUUAUCGUUAUAAAGACAUCACCAUACCAAAAGGUUGUACGAUAACAAUUCCAAUACAGGUUUUGCAAAAUGAUCCAGCUUAUUGGAGAGAACCGGAUAAGUUUAAUCCCUACAGAUUUUCUUCUGAGAAACUGCAGAAAACCGAUUCCAUCAUUUACCAACCAUUCGGAGCAGGGCAUAGAAUGUGUUUAGGACAGAGGUUAGCAAUAACUGUAAUAAAGUUAGUACUGGCAAAUCUGAUUCGAUCGUUCAAAUCAGAAAAAUAUGGAGAUGAAAAUGAGAGAGUAUACUAUCUAUACUACUGGUAUCCUAAGAAUGGUAUAAAGGUGAAAGCAACUCCAUUAUUUUCAUCAUUUUAA